AUGAGACCCUUCGGCCGAAUUGCCGCAACCGUUAGCCGGCGAGGGGUGGGAUAUUACUGCCGUGCGCGAGGUCUUCAACAACGCCCACAGAAGAUUUCCUGUCGAUGGAAUAGCAGCAGUGCGCCUGGCUCUCAAGCGCAAAAAGCAGCUCCAGAUUCAUCUUCCUUCAGAGCUGUUCAGGCUCUCGCUCUAGCAACCAUUGCUGGCGGCCUCGGGUACGCGCUUGGUAUCAACGAUUCUGUCCCCGGCGUUUCGCAGCUAUUUGGCCGAAUAGAUGCGGAGCCAAAAUAUGGAACGACGAAGGAUUUAGAAAAAGCAAUUGCCGAAUUACGCACUUUGCUAGGAGAGGAUGCGAUAAGUACGGACGAUGAAGACCUGCAUCUCCAUGGUUAUUCGGAAUGGUCAUCAAUAAACUGCGAACAACUACCCGUCGCCGUGGCCUAUCCCAAGAACACCCAGGAGGUAUCCCAGAUCGCCCAAAUAUGCCACAAGUAUCGGAUGCCCAUGAUACCUUAUUCGGGGGGGAGUAGCCUUGAGGGGAACUUCUCAGCGCCCCACGGGGGUAUGAGCAUCGACUUUGUCCAUAUGGAUAAGGUCAUUGAGCUCCAUGAAGAUGAUAUGGAUGUUGUCGUCCAGCCGUCUGUUCAAUGGAUGCAAUUGAACGAGGAAAUCAAACAUACGGGCCUCUUCUUUCCCAUUGACCCGGGCCCAUCCGCCAAGAUUGGAGGCAUGGUUGGGACAAAUUGCAGCGGCACCAAUGCUGUUCGCUACGGGACUAUGAAAGACUGGGUUAUCAACCUGACAGUGGUGCUGGCCGAUGGGAGAGUCAUCAAGACACGAAGACGCCCGCGGAAAAGCGCAGCGGGAUACAAUUUAACAGGGAUGUUUGUAGGAUCUGAGGGGACGCUGGGAAUUGUCACAGAAAUAACUCUCAAGCUCGCUGUACUGCCUGAAGAGACGAGGGUUGGCGUGGCCACGUUCCCGAGCAUACGUGAUGCCGCUUCUGCCGCCAUGAGGGUCAUCCGCACCGGGGUUCCAGUCCAAUGCAUGGAAAUCCUUGACGAGGUGCAGAUGAAAGUUAUUAAUGGCGCUGGGGGUACCAAUCGCGUAUGGAAGGAGGUUCCCACGCUCUUCUUCAAAUUUUCAGGAUCGCCCGCUGGCGUCGCUGAUAACAUCAAAGCGACCAAGUCUAUUGCUAAGAAAAACAACAGCAGUUCUUUCGUGUUUGCAAAGGACGACCAGGAAGCUCAGGAGCUAUGGUCUGCACGCAAGCAGUCUCUCUGGAGCAUGAUGGCGCUUCGAAAGGAGGGAGAUGAUAUUUGGUCUACGGAUGUUGCAGUGCCCCUCUCUAGGCUCCCUGACAUUAUCGAAUCGUCAAAGAAGGACAUGGAUGAUCUAGGGCUAUUUGCCAGUAUCCUCGGCCACAUUGGAGAUGGCAACUUCCACGAGAGCAUAUUGUACAACAAAAAGGACCCUGCCCAGCGGGCGAAGGUGGAAAAGAGCGUGUAUGACAUGGUUAAUCUUGCACUGGAAAUGGACGGCUCCUGCACAGGCGAGCACGGUGUUGGACUCGGUAAAAAACAGUCACUUGUCAAAGAAGUCGGAUCGGACACCAUCGACGUCAUGCGCAGUAUCAAGCGCUCCCUUGACCCCCUCUGGUUGUUGAAUCCUGGGAAAGUAUUCGAAGCGACACGUAGUCUGGAGGAAAAUCUCACGAGGCAAUAG